AUGAUGCUGUGUCUAUUGGUAUUCUUCUUCUUCCAGUUACAAUACACGUCGUCCAUGGAAGGAACAAACAAAACAGCCGUGUUCGGACUGCCAUCAAUAGUGACUCGAUAUAAAGACACAUAUUAUGUUAGACCUUACAACGGAAGUUCCUUUAACCUGACAUGUGAAGCUACAGGCAAUCCUACUCCUAUGAUCACAUGGAUAAAGAAUGAACAUCCCUUUCUUGAUUCUAAAAAGGCAAAUGUGACGUCAUCAGGAACCCUUGUUCUUACGAAUCCUGAUUCCAGUACCAAAGGGACCUACCAGUGUAAAGCAACAAACAGAAACGGCGCUUCUUUUUCUCGGCAGAUAACCAUCGCUAUUGCCGUGUUGGGAGCAUUUCAAACGCUACGUAGGAAGACAGUUAGUGAAGACCAGUACCAACAUAUUGCCCUUCCCUGUACAGACCGACCAACAUGUCUACCGUCUAGUGAGUGCACGUUGAUAUGGACGAAUGGCAAAGGCGACGUCAUCCCAACUGAAAGACGCAUUUUUGUGGAUAGCGAAGGAACACUUCACUUCCUGUAUCUGACUCUGUCUGAGGACCAGAAAAAUUUUACCUGCGGAGUAAGGAAUGGACUGCUGUACCUGCACACCCACGGUCAACCGACCAGACUGAGUGUCAGAUCACAUCCUGGAUCACAGAGAUCAUACCCUCCAGCAUUGGUGUUUAACAAAAGCGUCACCGGAAAGAUUGCAGAGUCGAGUCGACUUCAGUGUGUCUUUUCAGGAUACCCUCUCCCCGACAUAGAUUGGCUGGAUGUUAACGGUGACAGUAUAGAGGAGAGCGAUGUUUACAGUUUCCAAGACAACAAACAAACUCUAAUUAUCAGUUACCUGACAAAUAAACACGAAGGCUUCUAUACCUGCCAAGGCCAACAACAAACAGGUGCACAUGAUGUGGGUAAAGUGUACCUUAACAUCACAGGACCUCCCAUCUUUGAAACCGGUGCCAUGAUGGACCAGGUGCUGACGUCAGGUUUGGACGCGCGGUUUAACUGUUUAUCAAGGUCCCUCCCGAAUGAGAUCAAUCCGGAACUGCCGGUAUGGUAUCAGAAUGGACAGGAAAUAGAGGUCUAUGGUCCUGACGAGAAAUUCUACACUAAUGGAACGACGUUAAUAGUACAGAGUCUGGAUAAGAAUGACACGUCUAGUAUCCAAUGCAUGGUACAAAACAGCGUAGGACGCAGUUUCCGAGAAGCCAAAUUAAUUGUCAUUGAUCCCAUCACUGUCAUAGAAGAUUUACCGAACAUUGUCGAAAUAUCACCAAACGCUCCAGUCAGUGCAUUUGUGGCAGCCAUAACUGAUACUCGCAUGUCUCUCAAGUAUCAGUGGUCAGUUCUAGACAACGGGAACUGGACAAGUCUGCCGCCUGGAGUGGUCGUUAGUGACGACCAGCAGGAAGUUACGUUUUCUCCUGACCAGAGCAACAUCUAUGACAUGGUAGGUGUAUACAGAGUUGUUAUACAGCAUCACUUCGAUUUGAUUAUAUUAAAAACGAAUGUCAUUGCAAGUGUGCCAACAACAACGUCAACAACAGCAACACCGGAAACCAAAACGUCAACAACGGAGGAACUAACAACUACUACCAUAGCAACAGACUUCAUAACAAUGAACGAAAGUUCAGUCUACAAUAGCACAGUCGGUAUAACACCUGGUAAACCGCCAUCACAUAGUCAAGAAGAAAAAGCUUCUAGCUUUGGAGCCACAGUGGCCAUCUUGGUAAUAGGCAUAGUUACCAUUAUCGUUCUGAUAACCAUCGUUGCUGUCAUAUAUCACAGACGAAGGAUUCGAGGGAAAUUGGUGCUCAAUAAGCCAGCGAAGUACCAAAAAAAAACAGGUGGAGAAAAAGUUGGCGAAAAUCUCGACCUGAAAACAAAAGGAUUGUCAUCUCCAUCCUCCUAACAUUCACCAGAGGCAGUGAUGAAACAGUGGUUAACACAAAAAUCAUUAUCUCCACUCAAGCUCAUGCAAAGCAUGAACUUGUCACAAGAAACAAUUUUCUAACAUCACCUUUAAGUCAUACAAAGUAUGAACCCAUCACAUGAGACCAGAGGACAUCAGACAUACAUACAAUAGUAUGAACCCUUCACGUGAGACCACGGGACACCAGACAUACAUACAAUAGUAUGAAAUCAUCACAUGAGACCAGGGGACACCAGACAGACAUACAAUAGUAUGAAAUCAUCACAUGAGACCAGGGGACACCAGACAGACAUACAAUAGUAUGAAAUCAUCACAUGAGACCAGGGGACACCAGACAGACAUACAAUAGUAUGAAAUCAUCACAUGAGACCAGGGGACACCAGACAGACAUACAAUAGUGUGAACCCAUCACGUGAGACCAGGGGACACCAGACAUACAUACAAUAGUAUGAAAUCAUCACAUGAGACCAGGGGACACCAGACAGACAUACAAUAGUAUGAAAUCAUCACAUGAGACCAGGGGACACCAGACAGACAUACAAUAGUAUGAAAUCAUCACAUGAGACCAGGGGACACCAGACAUACAUAUCAUAGUAUGAACCAAUCAUGUGAGACCCGGGGACACCAGACAUACAUAUCCUAGUAUGAACCCAUCACGUGAGACCUGGGGACACCAGACAGACAUACAAUAGUAUGAAAUCAUCACAUGAGACCCGGGGACACCAGACAUACAUACAAUGGUAUGAACCCAUCACAUGAGACCAGGGGACACCAGACAUACAUAUCAUAGUAUGCACUUGUCGAAGGAUACAUUGUCUCCUCAGGAACACCCAGCAAUAAACAUAUGUCACACUCUCAAGUCACAGUUAAUUUGUCUUGAGGGACAGAACUAUCAUCUACAUUUCCAGAGCUUGUCCUGCUUGUGAAAUGCCUUUUGCAUAUAUCUGAUAUACAAUGAACAUCUCAUAACAUUGCUGUUUUGAAAUUUUUGAAAUAAUUGUCAUUCUGACAACUUCUAUAUAUACAUGAUGGUUUCUGUUCCCUGUAUAUCAGCUUUAACCAGUUGAUAUCUAGAGAUACAAAUAUUUUGCAGACUUUAUCAUUAUUUUGUUUCUGCUGAUGUAUUUUUGAAAAACACAGUUUUUUCGAUUCUAUUAAUUGA